ACCUCCAGCGCUGCGCUCCGCGGUCCUCCGGCUCUGCCCGGCCAAGUCUUCUCGCUCCUCGCCUCGCCAGGCUUCGCGCUGUCUGUCCGUCAGCCGAGUUGCCGCUGACUGACUGCUCUCCGGCUCAUUCAUUUUUCCUCCUCUGACUUUGGUUCUCCCCUCCGAGCAUGCUGUCUAGUUAGCGCCCAGCUUUUCACGGUCCGCUAGGUUCUGCAGCCCCCCAAUUCCUUGACUUCUGCCUGGCUCUCCCUCCUGCCCGCCUGCCCCUGCUAUCAGCAGCACAGUGCCCUGCUCCUUUGGGGCAGCUCGCUCUCGGCACCAGCCUGGCGAUCUGCCCCCUUCUGUCUUCUUUGGACCCUCAUUGCAUCGAGGUUCUAUAGAGAACAAGGACCCCUGGGCGUCUGCUAUUCCUAUUCUCCUGAUCACUCGUGUUUCUUCGCUACAGUCUGCCCCGAACUACCUCCUCCUCGCGCCCCACCACUUCCCAAGCCCCAUCCUUUUCUACGAGACAGAAUUUUAUGCUCGGGGAAGUUGAUUUCCUCCAACUGUUGGCUCAAGUAGACCCAGUACCAGCUCCAUAUCCUUUCUAGCUCCCUUCUAGAAGUCUGUGCUCAUUCAUCCCAACUCAUACACACCCCAGUGCUACCUUUCCCAGUCACUAAGGUUUAGCUAUUCUGGGGACCUUUAUGGAUCAGUUUCUCGCCUUUCUUUUCCAGUUGAAUCCUGAAAAUUUAAGUUCUCUGUGCCUCAAACUUUUUGUUGUCUUCAUUUUCUGUAUUGGAUUUUACACGAUUGAUUGAUGUGCCUGGGAUCCAGGAAUCCUGGUUUUGAUGACAGCUUUCCCAGAUUUUAUUAAAGACCUGAAUUUUAUCUUUAUUUCUGUUUCACAGUUUGAAAAAACAACAAAAAGACUUUCUCUUUGGGGGAGAUGAGGGGCAUGCAGUGUAUUCGCGUUUUUUACCUGUGAGAAUACAAUUAAUGUCCCUUCCAUAGCUAGUAAAUCGGUCUCAUGUCUAUGACUUCAGUGAACUGAGUCCAGCGGUCUCUACAAUAAGCAGUGCUGCCUCUAAUCCUUACCCGCUUUUUUUCUUCACAUGCUGAUAAUGAGGAUUCAUGGGUCUUGAGUCUGAGCACCACCCUCGGGGACCCUGGACAGCUGUCAUGGAGACUGAGAGUGAGCAGAACUCCAACUCCACCAAUGGGAGUUCCAGCUCAGGGGGCAGCUCUCGGCCCCAGAUAGCGCAGAUGUCACUGUAUGAGCGGCAAGCAGUACAGGCUCUGCAGGCAUUGCAGCGUCAGCCCAAUGCGGCUCAGUAUUUCCACCAGUUCAUGCUCCAGCAGCAGCUCAGCAAUGCCCAGCUGCAUAGUCUGGCUGCCGUCCAGCAGGCCACCAUUGCUGCCAGUCGGCAGGCCAGCUCCCCAAACACCAGCACAACGCAGCAGCAGACUGCCACCACCCAGGCCUCAAUCAAUCUAGCCACCACGUCGGCCGCCCAGCUCAUCAGCAGAUCCCAGAGUGUGAGCUCUCCCAGUGCUACCACUUUGACCCAAUCUGUGCUGCUGGGGAACACCACCUCCCCACCCCUCAACCAGUCCCAGGCCCAGAUGUAUCUACGGCCACAGCUGGGAAACCUAUUGCAGGUAAACCGGACCCUGGGCCGGAAUGUGCCUCUAGCCUCCCAACUCAUCCUGAUGCCUAACGGGGCAGUGGCUGCAGUCCAGCAGGAGGUGCCAUCUGCUCAGUCUCCGGGAGUUCAUACAGAUGCAGAUCAGGUGCAGAAUUUGGCAGUGAGAAACCAACAGGCCUCAGCCCAAGGACCCCAAAUACCAGGCUCUACUCAGAAGGCCAUUCCUCCUGGAGCCUCCCCUGUCUCUAGCCUCUCCCAGGCCUCAAGCCAGGCCCUUGCUGUGGCUCAGGCUUCCUCUGGAGCCUCAGGCCAGUCCCUCAACCUUAGUCAAGCUGGUGGAGGCAGUGGGAAUAGUAUCCCAGGGUCCAUGGGUGCAGGUGGAGGUGGCCAGGCGCCUGGGGGUUUGGGUCAGUUGCCAUCCUCAGGAAUGGGUGGAAGCGGGAGCUGUCCUAGGAAGGGCACAGGAGUAGUGCAACCCUUGCCUGCAGCCCAAACCGUGACAGUGAGUCAGGGCAGCCAGACAGAAGCAGAAAGUGCAGCAGCCAAGAAGGCAGAAGCAGACGGGACUGGUCAGCAGAACGUGGGCAUGAACCUGACACGGACAGCUACCCCUGCUCCAAGCCAGACCCUUAUUAGUUCAGCCACCUACACACAGAUCCAGCCUCAUUCACUGAUUCAGCAGCAGCAACAGAUCCACCUCCAACAGAAACAGGUGGUAAUCCAGCAGCAGAUUGCCAUCCACCACCAGCAGCAGUUCCAGCACCGCCAGUCCCAGCUGCUCCACACAGCCACACACCUCCAGCUGGCGCAGCAGCAGCAGCAGCAGCAACAGCAGCAACAGCAGCAGCAAGCCACAACCCUCACUGCCCCUCAGCCACCACAGGUCCCACCCACUCAGCAGGUCCCACCUUCCCAGUCCCAGCAGCAAGCCCAAACCUUGGUUGUUCAACCCAUGCUUCAGUCUUCGCCCUUGUCCCUCCCACCUGACCCAAGCCCCAAGCCACCCAUCCCCAUCCAGUCCAAACCACCUGUCCCACCUAUCAAGCCUCCUCAGUUAGGGGCAGCUAAGAUGUCAGCUACCCAGCAACCGCCACCCCACAUCCCUGUGCAAGUUGUGGGCACUCGGCAGCCAGGUACAGCCCAGGCCCAGGCUUUGGGCUUGGCCCAGCUGGCAGCCGCUGUCCCUACUUCCCGGGGGAUGCCAGGUGCAGUGCAGCCUGGUCAGGCCCAUCUGGCAUCCUCGCCACCUUCAUCCCAGGCGCCUGGUGCGCUGCAGGAGUGCCCUCCUGCCAUGGCCGCUGGGAUGAGCCUUGCUCCUGUACAGGGCACAGCACAAGUGGUAAAGAGUGGGGCUACCACCUCUUCCCCUGUUGUCGCCCAAGUCCCUGCUGCCUUCUACAUGCAGUCUGUGCACCUGCCGGGCAAACCCCAGACCUUGGCUGUCAAACGCAAAGCAGAGUGUGAGGAGGAGAGAGAUGACAUUCCCACACUAGGCUCGGUGCUUCCCACCAAGGCAUCUCCAGCAGCAGAGAGUCCGAAGGCCAUAGAGGAGAAGAGCAGUCUUGGAGAGAAAGCUGAGCCAAUGACCAAUGUGAAUGCAAAUACCCCGAGCAGUGAACUAGUAGCCUUGGCUCCGGCUCCAACAGCACCACCUCCUACACUGGCCAUGGUGUCCAGACAAAUGGGUGACUCCAAACCCCCACAGGCCAUUGUGAAACCCCAGAUUCUCACACAUAUCAUUGAAGGCUUUGUCAUCCAGGAAGGAGCAGAACCUUUCCCGGUGGGUUGUUCUCAGUUACUGAAAGAGUCUGAGAAGCCACUGCAGACGGGCCUUCCGCCAGGGCUGAGUGAGAAUCAGUCAGGUGGUCCCUUGGGCGGGGCCAGCCCAUCUGCCGAGCUAGAUAAGAAGGCGAAUGUCCUGAAGUGCGAGUACUGUGGGAAGUACGCUCCUGCAGAGCAGUUUCGUGGCUCCAAAAGAUUCUGCUCCAUGACCUGCGCAAAGAGGUAUAAUGUGAGCUGUAGCCACCAGUUCCGGCUGAAGAGGAAAAAAAUGAAAGAGUUUCAAGAAUCCAAUUAUGCCCGUGUUCGCCGGCGCGGACCCCGCCGCAGCUCCUCAGACAUCGCCCGCGCCAAGAUCCAGGGCAAGCGCCACCGGGGUCAAGAAGACUCUAGCCGGGGUUCAGAUAAUUCCAGUUAUGAUGAAGCACUCUCACCAACGUCUCCUGGGCCUUUAUCAGUGAGAGCUGGGCAUGGAGAACGUGACCUGGGGAACUCCAACACAGCUCCGCCUACCCCCGAGUUACAUGGAAUCAACCCUGUGUUCCUGUCCAGUAAUCCCAGCCGGUGGAGUGUAGAGGAGGUGUACGAAUUUAUUGCUUCCUUACAAGGCUGCCAAGAGAUCGCAGAGGAAUUUCGCUCCCAGGAGAUCGAUGGACAGGCCCUUUUGUUACUUAAAGAAGAACAUCUUAUGAGUGCCAUGAACAUCAAGCUGGGCCCUGCCCUUAAGAUCUGCGCCAAGAUAAAUGUCCUCAAGGAGACCUAAGGAGGCCUCUUGCACAAGCAGCCUAAGGCAGACACUCCCCUCUGACCAGGUUAUAACCGGUACCGGCAGACUCCACCGGGAAGAGCUGUUCCAAUCGUGUGCAUCUUCGAGGGGCUCACCGAGACAGGGACGGAGUUGUCCAAGAAUUAGUCGCUGGUGCUACAUGGCGGCAGCUUUGACGUUUUCUCUGGGUUCUACUUUGUUUUCAAAAAAACUUUCUACUUCUUACCUGCCCAUAUCCAAUCUUAAAGAGGCAGUCUAGAGAACUAGGACUGCCCAGCCUUAUCCUGGAGUGCAGUGUCUAGCCAGGGUCUUAAUUCUCUAAGUGGAGGACUAUACAGUAUGGUAAAGCAAGAAAUGGGGGCAUUGUAGGUGUGCCUCCCCGGCGGAGAGGUAGGGACACAAGUAGCAAAAUCUGGUACGCCCUCUCCCCUCCCUCUGGAUUGUCCAACUGUAGCUGUGGCCCGGAAUUUUCGUUGUCGUCACUCACCCCCUUAGUAUUGAAUAUUUUCUCCUGCAUCCAUGGCAGGGUCACCAGCCAACUGAGAGACAUGGUUGGCAUCAUUCUGAUUCGCUGCAGGGACUAAAAGUGUUUCGCACAUGUGUGGCUGUUGUCAUUCUUUCUACACGCAUCCUCCCCCCACCCCGUGCCCUUCCACUUUAUCUGUUGCCCUCCACCCUAACUUCAACCCCAACGCCGCUUUGUCUUUUAGCUUUAUGAAACAGGAAUGUGUUUUUCCAGGUCAGGAGUAUAAGUACCUGCCUGUGGCGCUAUUCUUUAUACAACAAAAAUAUUAAAUAUUUUUUUCCCACCUCAUUGAAAGGAUGAACAUUGGUCUCAGUUGUUGCUACUCCAUUCCAGUAUCUCUGCCCUCUUCCCACAAAUGACAGGCCAGCAUAUUUUAUAUUUUUUUAAUCUUUUAUGUGGUUUUUGUACAAAAGUGUAGGGUUUUUUUUAAAUCACCAGUGUGGGGGAGGAGCCAAACAAAUAACAAAGAUGUUUUUACAACAUUAUUUUCCCUAUUUAGGAAGAAAAAAAAUCAUUCUGAUAGUAUUUAAAGUCCAAAAUGAAAUAAUUUUUCUUUUUCUAAAGGCUUAUAAAAGGUCCCUGCCUGCUGAUCCCAUCCCUCUCAGGUUUAGCAGAGCCAUGUUUACGCUCCAGUGCCCCAGGUGUUACCUAUUAGCGAAAGAUCAGGCCAGGUUUCUGGGCACAUGGCCUAAAGAGAAAGGUGGAAGCAUCAGAGGGUUUAAAAUCUCUCCCCACAGAACUGCUGCGGGCAAGAUUCUUCCCUGAGCUAGAAAGAGGGACAGGUACAGCAGCCUCCCACCCCAGCGAGGAUGGCAGAGCCUGACAAGUCCCACUUCUGCUUCCGUUCCCUUUCUAGAAGAUUGAGGAAAAAAAGUCAACAUGCCUGUGAAGAAAGUGCAACAUGUUUAGAAAAUACUGGCAGAGGGAAACAUGUCAGGCGUGAGAGAAGCUUGGCCAGCGUGUACUGCAAGUGGGAGAAGAAAGCCAUCAGAGAUCCCACUAUAAGGUAAAGAGAUUUCCCUUUUCCGGAACCCCUGUAGCACAGGAGGCUGGUUUCAGUUUCCCUUUCCGAUGGACUGGACUUCUAGAUUAGGCACCUCAGCUACAGAUGGACCAAUAACCACAGACCACAAUCCAGGGCCCAAUUCCAGCUAUGAAGUCACUCCCACGCCAACAAGUGUGAUGGUACCUUACAACCCUGUAAUGGGAAACUUCACAUUUUCCCCAUCCUAAUCCCAGAGGUGGGAGAAGCAAGUCUUUAGAACAUCUCCAGGCUCACCCCAAUUGGCAGUACUUGGAUUGCAACCAAGUUAUUACUAAAAGUAGUUCUAAGCAGCAAGAAAUUACAUCCAGAUUCUCAUGGAGACUACUGUAGGGUACAGAGUAACAGCAUGAAAGCAAUCAAACCAUGUAUAAAUAAUCUUUGCCUUUUUCUUUUUUAAUUAAAGAAAUCCAGUGUCUCAAAAACUUGUGAAAAUGUGUCUAAAGAAGAAAGGGUCAGGGAGCCUGCCAUACCCUUUUGUUCACUGUAAUGGUCCAACCUGAUACCCAGAAUGUGCAAUAGCCCCUGUAGUCGUAGGCCCCAUUUACUUUUGUCCUACACUGUGCCUCUCAAAAACAGAAACUAGGGAACAAAGGGAAGGCAUUUCUGCUAUGAGAAGAUGCAGACUGAAAGCAAGAGCAGUAUUAAGGGUGAGAUGAGACUGGAGUAGAGCCUGCUUAAGAAAUCUGGCUGAGUAUGCUUUGGUUUGGGGGACUGAAGAAGCAGCUGGACGUUUAAAGUGCAAUCACAUUGGUAAUAAAUGAUCAUCCCUUUCUUCUGACUCCUCCCCCAGCUGGUCAUCCCCCACACCACGAUAUGCAGCAGGCACAUUUCGGGGUUUAGAACGGCACACAAAGUCACAACCAUCCUGUAAGGAAGAAAGCAAAGGAAGGAAGUGAUAAUUUGGAAUAACCAACUAAUGGUAAAGGAAAGCACAGUUGAAGAAAGUGGCAAGUAGUUUUCCCCAAGGAUGAUGGAGCGAAAACUCACAAGCUCCAAGGAUCAGCCUAAACUAAAUUUGGGGUAAACAAGAAAAAUUCUAAUUGGGCUUCACCUUCUCCCCAUUAAGACCCUUUAAGAGUUAUCAGAUUACUAAAUCUAAGCCACACUGUUUCUCUUAUAAACUUGUAGCCCCUCUAAUUCUAUGCUACUUAAUACUUUGUACUAGGACAACCAAUUGUCUUGGCUUGCU